AUGCACGGGCACGUCCCAUUAUCCCGCAAAAAGGCCAAAACAGGCUGCAAGACAUGCAAAAUUCGCCGGGUCAAAUGUGACGAAGGCCGGCCAGCUUGCCGACGUUGUGUAUCAACCAGCCGAGUCUGCGAUGGCUAUGGCAUCUGGGGAGGAGGUGGAACUCCCUACGGACAGCCACAUACCAGCCGUGCUCUAUCAAUCUACUGUACACCGGUUGCAGUUGGCAACCUCAGCCACGAGGAACAGCUGUGCUUCGACUGGCUGAUCAAGCGAACCGCAAAGAAGUUCGCUGGUUUAUUUCCAUCUGACUUCUGGGAGUCCUUGAUAUUUCAAGCUAGCGCGCAGGAACCCGCUGUGCGCCACGCUGUCAUUGCCUUGUCGUCUACACAUCGGUCCCAGCAGGAAUAUGCCGCCUUGCCGAAUAAAUACGACGAAGAGUGUUUCACUCUUCGACAAUAUAACAAAGCAAUUCAACACCUCCGCACCAACGCAACCAACGAUAGCCACUCUCUCCGAGUAGCGCUGAUUACAUGCAUGCUCUUUAUCACCCUAGAAUACAUGCGCGGGCAGUAUCAGAUGGCGGGUGCACAUCUCCAAUAUGGCAUGAAACUUCUCUCCGAUAUAUCCACACCACGCCCUCCGUCAUCCAUGGUGCCGACUACUCUGCCUCCUGAAGAAGACUUCGCCUAUAAUGCCCUAGUUGACGCCUAUGUCCGACUAGGCAUUCAAUCGGCCAUGUUCGGCCACGUGCCUUCACACGUGUAUAUUGUAACAAAAGACCCGCUGCCUACCAGUCUUCCUUAUAUAUUCAGCUCGCUCCUAGAAGCAAGACGCGCCCUAGACGACCUCCUGAACAGAGUUCACUGUCUAAAAAAGCAUUACCAUGACCACCACGCAUCCCAGACACCAACCAGCAAGCAACAAAUGCUCAACACACAAAGUAGAAUCCUCGCAGACCUAUCUCUCUGGGGCAAAACAUACAAAAUCUCAGUCGCACGCCUUGAAACCAACAAGAUAUCAGGGAAGCACCACAUCGGCUACCUCCUCCUACGGGUGCACUACGAAAUGGCAGUAAUAAUGGCCUCAGUCUGCCUCUCACCAGAAGAAACCGAGUCCGAGAUGAUAUUUGACUCUUACACCGAGAACUUCAUCAGAAUAAUGACCAGCUUCCUCGAUAUAUGGAGAAUCUGGACAACAACAACCUUCCGCGAAGAAGAGAUCUUGGAGCUAGCUAACGCACCCGAAGACCUGAAAGCCAUAUUCCAGAGCUUCAAGGCAAUGUCAGACAUGGACGCGAUCAUCGAAACUUCUCUACUUGAACUCCUCGAAAAUUCCUCCAUAUUCAGCCACUACCUGAAGACGCCAGACUGUGGCUCUAACGGGUUCACCGUUGAGAUGGGGUACAUCCCGCCUGUGUACUAUACGGCUCUUAAAUGUCGUGUCCCACAGUUCCGGCGGCAGGCUGUGAGGGCGCUGAGGGCUGCGCCGCAUCGGGAGGGGGUAUGGAAUGGUUUGCUUUUGGCGGAUGUUUUGGAGGAGAUUAUUAGGAUCGAAGAGGGGGAUUUUUAUGCUGGUAGUGCGUGUGUUAAUUCGCCUGUUGGGAAUAUUCUGCCUACGGAUGAGGAUUUGCUUGUGCCAAAGGUGCCAGCUGAGGCGAGAGUCUCGGAUGUUAGGGUUCUUCUGCCGGACGAUAUUUCUGGGGAUAUCUAUGUUAGUUAUCGGAAGGUCGUAAGUGAUGAGUGGGUGACUUUCAUGCGGAAGAUUGGUGUAUAG